AUGUCACCAACUCAUUCCAUAAACGCUAAAAUAAAUGCAGGAGCAUCAAUAUAUAAAAGCAACACAAGUAGCGCUACCAGUAGUAUUAAUGGUAAUAACAGUAACAGUAAUAGUGAGACCACAUUCCCGCUGGAAAUUCCGGAAACAUUCCCUGAAUUUGAGGAAAGCCUAUCCAACUUUACGUAUCUACACUUUGAGUACAGACAGCACUUGGAAAGACAGUUCUCAAUCAUACCGGUGCUGACAGUUGAGCGCCCGAUAGGUGGUGGCGACUAUUCUUCCCAUUUGAACGACACCGAGUGUCAUAAGUUGCGUACGCUGGUCACCCUAUUUUCGGAGCCCAUAAACCCGGCUAUCCUGACGCCCACUGGUGUACUCUACUGUGAAAUGUACGCCACUAUUGGGCACAAUCUGGAGCUCUUGAUGGUAGACGUGAUCAGGAAAUGCAAUCGCCUAGAUGAUUUUGCUAACAUUUGCGAAAGUGACCGGUACAACUUGAUUAAAUACGGUUGCGUUGAGUUGUCAUAUAUGCGAAAUAUCUCCAGAUUGCAACAACACGUGUACAUGUAUUUAUUGCAACGAUAUCUCCUAUUGAGGAGUGGGUCCGAAAUGGAUGGCCGGACAAAGUUCGCCAGUUUAAUGAAAACUGUGAUAGAUUUAAAGUAUUUUGCCCAAAAGCACCGAGAACGUAUUGAGACAUUUACCAACCGUAACCUCGUGCCCAAUGGACUAUUGACCGAGCUCUUUGAUUUGAAAUGCAAUGUUGACAUUUGUUAUUCAGAUACUAUUUAACUAUUUGU